UCAAAUACAUGUAGAUAUUUUACCACACACUUAAAAUAAUACCAAAAAUUAAUAAACUAUACAUAAACAAAUAUUACAUACACAUACAAAAGUGAAAGGCAGCUGAAGUACUUAGAGUUAUAAAGAGAUAGAAUCUUUUCUGAAAUAUACAAUAUUUAAUUUCAAUAUCUUGAAUCAUUGAAAUUUGAAAUGAUAGAAUAGAAGUGUGGAUGAAACGUAAAAUUUUGAGGAGAAAUGAAAAUAAAAUAGUUGAUACGUGUUGAGAACUGAAAAUAAAAAUGUUGAUACGUUUUGAGAACUGAAAAUACGAUAAUUGAUACGUAUUGAUAACUGAAUAUAUCUGAAAGAGAAAUAAGUUGUAAAGGUUAACUUGUGGUGAAAUAUAAUGGAAGAAAAAUGGAACUAAAUUAAAGAAUAACAGAAGUGAACAAGAAUUGAAAUAGAAUUAUAGUGAAGCAGGAGUGAAGUGAAAUAUAUAUAUACUGUAGUAGAAUUGAAGUGAAAUAGAGGUGAAAUGAAAUAGAACUAAAAGUGAAGCAUAAUUCAAGUGAUGAAAGGAGUGAAGAAAGUAAUCAGAGUGACUCUUCAUAUACUACCCUAGAUGAAUUAGAUAAUGAACAAUUAGUUAACCUAUGUAUUCCAAAAGACACCAGUUCCUUCGUUGAUAGUCACGAGACUAAAUUACGGACAAUAGAAAGAGAAAUACAGUGGUUAGAAAGCAAAGAAAAAGAAUGCGAACAACAAAACAUAGAACAAGUUCAACAUACAGAUAAAAUCGCAUCGGGUUACAGACAAAAAGAUGAGAGUUUAGAAAUGUGUCAUAGAAACUUAACACUCAGAAAACAGAUUGAGGUCGGAGAUAAAACGAUAGAGAACAGCAAGCACCAUAUAUAUGAUAAAGACUUAAAAAGAGAAGAUGUUACAUAUAAAGAAGAUAUGGAGUUCAAUGGAGAACCUGAAUAUGGUGAAAGUCCCGAAGAACAUAAACUGAAAGAACAGAUUGAACAGCUACAAACACAGAAGAUAAAGGCUGAAAAUGAGAUAAAGCAGAACAAAUUAUUAAAAGACAAACAAAGAAAGGAAAUGGAAAGGAAAAGGCUUGAAGAAUUAAAGAUAAAACAGGAGAUGGAAAGGAAAAAGGAAGAAAGGUUAAGAAAACUGAAAGCUGAAAAGGAUAGGUUAGCAAAGGAAUUGAAUCAACAAGAGAAUACUCUACGUAGUCUGAAGGAAGAAACCGAGUAUGAACGAAAGAGAAAAGCAGAAAGGCAAAGCAAAGAUAAGACAGAAAUUCAAGAGGUUUUGAAAGAAAAAGAUCAUUGGAAAGGGAAAUUACUGAAACCUACGAUACCCAACCUUACAGAAGAUACAUUUGACGAGUGGAAAAUUGAAGUAGAAGUGAUCAUGAAUUCAGGCCUAUAUGAAGAAAGUAUGUUAAGACAAGCAGUAAGGAACUCCCUUUGUGGCCAAACAAGAAAGAUCUUACUCACAAUACCACCGUCAACUACUACAAAGGAAAGCAUAAGCAAGUUGGAAAAUGUUUAUGGCAAUGUAAGAUCAGGUGAAUCAGUGUUAGCAGAGUUUUAUAUGGCUAGACAAGGAAGAGAUGAAGGAAUAGCAGAAUGGGGAAUCAGGUUAGAAGGCAUUAUUCAAAAAGCAAUAGAGAAAGGACACAAAAGAAAGCCAAAAGGAAGAAAUGCUAAAAACAAGAUUUUGGAGACAGCUUUACAGUGA